AUCGGACCUUAUUCGUCAGCUUGGAUCACGUGAUCCAUCCAGCUGCCGGGUGCGGCAAACAGCCCAAAUAGCGCUAACUCUGGCCUGCGAGAGUUUGCUGGGACAAGCGCGCUAGCCCUCGUGACAUACACAAACGCGCUAGCCAGAAUGCUUUGACUUUGAUGGCUUUCAGCUUCUAUUUUUUGAAAAGUAGCGCGCUCAGACCAGCUCGUUCACUCUUUUCCUCUUCCAUUUUUUAGGGCAAUUGUUUUGUUUGAUAGACGAAGCUUAGGGUCCCUUUGGGUUUGCAACCCUUACCCUCCUGGAAAAAAUCAUAGUUGCUAGACUGCGACACUUCAGACCAGGUACUAUUAGAGCCGCUAAUGGACGACGAGCUAUUUUCCGCUAUCCGGAGCUCAAGCAUUUGAGCCGCUAAAUGGACGAGACUCCUGGGGUAAAGGAUGCAGAGAAUGAGGAGAAAACACUCGUAUGGAGCAGGGAGUAGGUAUUGUACUACUUCCUGGUAUGGAGCACUGAGAAGCGCAAUGUGCAACAGAAAUUACCAUGGUGAUACAGUAGAUGACCGUGUGAAGCGGUGUGAGAUGCAGCAAAGCAUUAGGUGAUUUGAUCGUAGGACAAGAGAGGAGCUGAUGGACGAUCUCUCCAGUGUCCCUCUUGGUACGGAGCAGCGCUGAGUGCUGACGUUGGGACUUGGAUCCAAGGGACUGCCAUGGGUUCGCCUGCAGCAGUGGUCUAUGCCGACAUUGUUAUCAUGCGGCUGUAUUUGGAGAAGUGGUACGUUUUUCCGAUCUUAGAGGGGGAGGGUUUAGAGGUUCAGGUUUAUAGACGCUUUAUCAUUGCAUGGUUGCGAAGGUCAAGUUCAGCGCACUUUAGAUAGGAUUAAUAAGUGUUCGGCCCUCAAGUUUGCUCAUGAACUGGCACAUGAUGGCAUUGAUUUCCUGGACACCACAGUUUUCCGUAGUAAGGGAUACAUGGCGGUGAAGCCCCAUUUCAAGUUCACCAAUCGUUUCCUGUAUCUGCUUGUCGGUAGUAACCACCCCUGUAGUAUGGGAAAAGGUGUGUUCACUGGGGAGUUGAUCCGUAUCCGUCGGUCUUCGACCCUUGACUACCACUACGAAGCUUCUGCCGAGCCGCCGGAGCAGGCUUUCCGGGUCCGUGUAUACAAGCGCUCCAUCUUUCAUCUUUCAGACCCGUACACUAGGAAUGGAUGCGCAGGGAAGAGUUCUAGCAUCCGUAGCUGCCUCAGGGGGUGCCACUUCUCCCAUCAGCGUCGACUAGUCCGCCGAUCUCACUCAGCUCUGCUCUCCGAGCAUGCUGCUUCCAACACGACUUCCCGAAAGAAAAUGUGCUCGCGCAUUAGGAGGUGAAAGAUGCACCUGCAGGAGAAUACAUGCUAAAGAGAAGGCAGAAACAUGCCCGGAUCCACCAGAACUAGUGCUGGCAAGUCAACAGAGGCGAGUACUGAUAAUGUUCCAGAUUGUGGUAGGAUCACAUAAGCAAAAUUGACACUGGGAGACACGACGGUGGGUCAGCUCAUGGCCAGCGCCAAUUCCAGUGGAUAUCACGUGCAUCCAGUUCUAGUACUAUAGUAUGACUGCUACAAAGUAGUGCGGCCCAAAUAGAACUCGGGUCAGGUGCCGAAGAACUGGGGGGGGGGG